ACCUCUUGAUUGAAAAUCGUUUUAGUUUUUCUUUUUAUAUUUUCCCUUUAAUAUUCCUCUCCCCCAAACAGAGCCUAACAAAUUGGAAAUUGAGGUAGGUGAUGAAAUGUGAAAACUUUGGGGUGCAGAUUCUGGGUAGUUGCUGAAAAUCAUCGAGUCAACCUCCUACUUUUUUCCGCUCGCUAUAAACUGGCUUCUUACAGCAGCAAAUGCGCUUGGCCCGUCUUCAAAAUCUUCCGCCAUUUUGUACUUGCAGAGAGAGCAGAUACGCAAAAGUAAUGGCUCAAUCAGUGAGUAACACCCCAGGAAAGAAGCUUGUUCGCAUUGAUGUCAGUUCAGACACCGUGUGUCCAUGGUGCUUUGUGGGCAAAAGGAAUCUUGACAAAGCCAUAGCUGCAUCCAAGGAUCAAUUUGACUUUGAGAUUAGAUGGCAUCCAUUUUUUCUUGAUUCUUCAGCCCCAAAAGAAGGUGUUAAUAAGAGAGAGUUUUAUGAGAAAAAGUUUGGAUCUAGAUUCACGGGGAUGAUGGCUAGGAUGACCGAGGUUUUCAGGGGCCUUGGGUUAGAAUAUGACAUGUCAGGGCUCACGGGAAAUACUCUAGAUAGCCACAGGCUUAUAUAUUUUGCUGGGAAACAAGGUUCUGAUAAGCAACAUAAUCUUGUAGAGGAGCUCUGUAUUGGCUACUUUACACAGGGAAAAUACAUUGGUGACAGGGAAUUUCUUGUGGAAUCUGCUAGAAAGGUUGGGAUAGAAGGUGCAGCAGAAUUUCUUGAAGACCCCAACAAUGGAGUCAAGGAGGUCAAUGAGGAGCUGGAGAAGUACUCUUCCCACAUUACAGGGGUGCCAUAUUAUGUGAUUAACGGGAACCACAAAUUUAGUGGUGGCCAACCUCCAGAGGUGUUCCAAAGAGCUUUUCAAGUGGAUGCAAAUUGACAUUAGCUUGAACCUAAAACCACCUCUUACCUACCUCCAGUAUUCAAUAAGAAUGCUCAUCCAAUGGCCAAUUGGAAAACAGAUGUUUCAUUGUCAUAUCUAUUCCUCUAUAGAUUAAGGGUAUUAUGUUUGCAUAUAUACAUAUAUACAUACAUAUGUAAAUUAAGCCCCUGUAUAUAUAUACAUAUAUAUUUAUAUGUUGGUUUAAAUAAAUAUGAUACAAAUACAUUUAUGUUACUAAUGUUGAUCAGA